AUGGCUUCAGAUGCUGGGGAGAUAGCUCCUAUCGAGAAGAGGGUCGGAGAAACUAGCGAUGCGAAGCAGACAGGGCUGCAUCGGGAUGCCGAAGUCGGUCCUGAGAUGAUCGAUAUCGAUAGAAUCGAAAGAGUCUAUUCCAAGCUCGAUCGCCGGAUACUUCCAGCAUUCUGGAUUCUUUACUUUAUAUGCUCGGCGAUUCGCUCCAAUAUCGGACUUGCUCAGACUAUGAACCUGGCUGAAGGUCACGAUCUGGGAUCGGUACUCAACAUCACACCCAAACAGGUCUCUACUGGUCUGGCGCUGUUCUACGUCUGCUAUGUCAUCUUCGAUCUUCCCUCCAAUCUCGUCAUGUCAAGGGUUAGCCCGCAUGCAUGGAUGAGUCGCAUCGUGACCUGCGUUGGUAUCAUUGGCAUGUGCCUGACGGCUAUGAACGCUGCCUGGAAUCUUUACCUCCUUCGACUACUCCUUGGUAUCGUUAUUGCAGGCAUGUGGCCGGGUAUGUCAUACUACCUGACUCUUUUCUAUCCUCCGUCUCGUACCGGCAAGCGUAUCGGGCGCUACUUCACAGCAUCUCAAAUGUCCGCGGCGGUUGUGGGUUUGGUCUCGGCUGGCUUCCAGAAGAUGGAUGGAGUAGGUGGACUAGUUGGUUUUCAGUGGAUGUUCCUUCUGUACGGUAUCGUCGGCUUCAUUGUCGGCAUAUCGCUACUGUGGUGGCUUCCUGACAGGCCACUACCCCCAGGCGAAGUACGCCAGCGAACUGGAUGGAUGAAGUGGCUGCCAGAAGGCAGACCAGCCCUGGAAGGUGAAGACGCCCGCAUUCACUACGAGGAUCUCACCCGCGUAUACAGUCGCAAGCUGUGGACGAUGAAAGAUCUCUGGCACGUCGUCAUCGACUGGAGGAUAUACCCUCUCGUUGUCAUGUACUUUGGUGUAGUGGGUGUUGGGAACGGAACACAGGCAUACGCGACUGUCAUCAUCCGCGGCAUCAACCCGAGCCUCACAGGUAUCCAGCUAAGUUUGCUCUCAGCACCCAUCUGGAUUAUGGAUCUGAUCGCUAUUCUAAUCGUGACGCCCUUCUCGGACCGUUUCCACCACCAUCGACCUGCCUUCUUUAGUGCUGCUGUUGUGAUACAGAUCGCUGGUCUUUCGAUUGCUACCUUCGCCAAAGACUGGUCGCGUUACGGUGGCGUCCUACUGAUUGGCUUCGGACUUGGGCCGACAGUGCCGAUUUGCAUGGCCUGGUCCAACGAGAUCUUCCAGCCCCGCCACGGAGAAGUGGGCGUAGCGGCAGCCGCCGCACUCGUCUCUGGACUUGGUAAUCUGGGGAGUAUCCUCACAACCUACGCACUAUAUUCUGGGUGGCCUGAAGAUGCCAAAGACGGCCCGCACAAGUAUCGCAACAGCAACUUUGUCAUGAUUGCCAUCCUGUGCGCCAGUAUACUCAGCGCAGGGAGCAUGGUCGUCUUGUUGAGGGUGUUUGGAAACGGCAAGGGCAAACAGAUCAGUAGUGCAAGCUCGACUAGCGAGGGCGAGGCUGCAUACGUCGACGGUGCUGCCCGGCGCGAGGUCCAACAGAGGGGACUCGGACGAAUGUUCUGCUUCCGAUGA